AUAGCCCACUAUAGAAAGCCCAAUCUAAAGCCCAGCCCCAUAAGCCCAAAUCUACUUCCCAGGGGUCACCCAUCAUUUUUGCUACUCCAAUGCCAGCACGCUUAACUCUUUAAAAUUCUUCCAAUUUUGCAUCUUCUGGGGAUCGAACCCGGGUGGUGUGGUUCGCCAAUCAACCCUGUGACCAUCUCUACAGGGGGAACCACUAUAUAUAUAUAUAUAUAUAUAUAUAUAUAUAUAUAUAUAUAUAUAUAUAUAUAUAUGGGUUGGUUCAAGGCUGCUUGAAGCGUGUGUUUGAGUGAUGUAUGAAUUUUGCUAGAAACAUGCAACUAAUUAAAUUGAACAAGACGGGAAGACUUUUGGGGGUGAGUCUCUUUGAAGAUGCGAAGGAACUUGUUUGUUGUUUUCGUACAAGUCAUUGCUCACUACUUUGGACUUUUGGUGAGAACCUUUGAGGAGAAUGCAGCUUUGGAGCUACUGGUUUUGAGCCUUUUUCGAACAACACCUUGGAUGGGAAGGGCUAUUGUUGAGUCUAUACCGAUAGCUUUUGUCCGCCUUGCCAUCUGUUUCAUUGCCACCUUCGCCAAGUUCCUUGGGGACCAGGAUGUUGGUUUCCUUCAAGCUUGAUGGAGUGUCCAGUGGUGAGCUUUGUGUCAUCUGACCGUAGCAUGUCAUCUCACCGUAAUGUGUCAUCUGACUGGAGUCAAUCCCAUAUAUAUAUAUAUAUAAGAAUAAUUAUGCACCGUUGGAUUAAGCCCCUAUGAUUCAUCAUCUACGCAUCUUACAAAGGGUAAGGAGGUAUUUUACAUUGAAAUCAAUUUUUCUCUCUCAAUCCCGUCUUCAUCUUCCCGAGAUCAUCGCAUACACUCCAUCUUCCAGAUUCCUUCCAAAUCUUGCGUCAUAAUCUGUUAUUACAUGAUGGGUCCAUAAAGACGAGGCCAUGGA